AGCAAAUUGUAGGACAAUUCAACCGUGUGUCGGGAUUAGGGUGUAAAGCAACUGUGUACUGCAAUGCUGCAAACGAUAUACGGAUUAUUUACGAUCCCCUAGGCGACGCCCAGGAAUAUUCUCAUUCGCAAGCGACAGUAUUGAAGACGUAAGGAAACGAUAAUGCACUGAAAACAGCCUCACAUUUCCUACAGAAUUCAAACGAAUCGCGCCCCAAAAAUGGCAUCAAGUGAAAACAAUAGUGAUGAUGGUGGACAUAAUGUGUUUUCAGGCUUUUCAAGCUCGAACGGUAGCGCCCCGGAGUACGAACAUUUGAUGCAGUUCGAGUAUCUCAAGACCAAGUAUCGGGAUGUGGUAUCCCAGCUGAAGACGGUUUCGAACGAAAAGCAACGUUUGGAGCACGAUUUUCAGCUGCUGAAGAAAGAGCUCGAAGGAAAGGGUGACUUUUUCAACAGUUAUCACGAGUACAGCGGGUUGAAGCAGAAGUACGAUACGUUGCGCCAUCGGUAUGAGGAAAUUACGAAAGAUCCAGCACACUGCAUAAAGUUGUGCGAGGAAUUGAAGAAAGAGCGCAACAAGUACAAGGAACUAUUGAAGGCGACGGAACUGGAACUCGAAACCGUUCUAUCGGAGCGGGGCAGUGUGCUGAAGGAAAACCAAAAGCUUUACGAUAAAAACGAAGCCCUGGAGCGAGAGGUGCAGGGCAAACUGAAGGAAACGGUUGCGUUGAAAGAGAAAAUUGAGCUACUAAAAACACGCCAAGAGUAUCAGCAGCUUUCGAACGAAAGUAGUUGGAACAAGGAAUUGUCCGAUAGCAAAGAUAAGUUCAGUAUUGUUUCAGAGAAUUUGGAAACCGCCAACCAGGAGAUCGAACGCCUCAAAAAAGCGCUUGAUAAAGCAAAGGCCGAGAUAGCGAAAGCGAUCCACGACACGGAGGUUGCCAAGCAACGGCGGGAUUGGGCAAUAUCGGAACGGGAAAAGAUUGUACAAGAGCGUGACAGUGUGCGCAAUCUGUGCGAUGAAAUCCGUAAAGAGCGGGACACAGCCACGUCGAAGCUGCUGGCAGCGAUACGUGACAAGGACGAUGCACACAAAAAGAUCGAGCUGCUCACCGAUCAGCUGGAGCAGAUGACACGCGACAGUAUUAACAAUAAUGCCGGUUCAAGCGGCCAAACUCCGUCCUCCAACCUGCCAGGCGGCAAUCAGUCGCAAGCGAACGGAGCUAGCACAGGCACGCCAACAACGCCAAACGCGUCGUUGGUGUCGAUGAAUAAUAGUAAUAGUCAUCGCAAUUCGCACUACAGCAGCUUUAGCUCGAUUUACAACUUGGAAUCACUGCAGCAGUACGACGUGGAGAUGGUCGAAAUCGAUACCUCGCCAUUGUUGAGCAAUUCGUCCGACUGGGGUCUCACGAUCAGUGGUGAUCUCGAUCACAGCUAUGGUAGCGAUCAUAGCAACACGAAGAAUCUCUGCGGUCCGUACGUGGCUGCCGUGGAGCACGACUCGAUCUUUGCCGGCAAACUGAAACCGAACGAUAUCAUAUGCCAAAUAAACAACCACGAUUGCAGCACUUUCUCGCGGCGCAUGAUCUACCGCACGAUCCGGAACAGUGUGCCACAGUGCAUCAUUACUGUGAAACGACCAACGAAGCGGUUGCUGCCAGUGCAGAUACCGUUUACCAGCACAAAUCGGAACCAUGGGCUGUGUCUCGAGCUGGGGCUAUACAUAGCGAAGCUGGAGCCGAAUUCAAUCGCCGCCAAGGAUAGUCGAUUGGCGGUAGGAGAUCGAAUAUUGUCGAUCAACAACAAACCGAUGGAGAGCAUCAAGAACAUUAAUGAUGUGCACGCAUACAUCAACGAUAUGCGUAACAGCAGCUUAAAUCUGAUCGUUAUCAAGGAAAUGCUGGAAAGUCAUCCAAGCUACGCUAGCUUCUACCAGCCACGGUUAAAACACAUCCGCAACACUACGAGCUGCACACAGACGGACAAUUCACUGUCCACGUUCGGCAGUCAGCACACCACCAAUACGAGUAGUGUGAACACAAGUGCAAACGCGAUGACGAUGAUGAACCAUCGGUUGAGCCUAGAGUUUGACAAUAACAAUCACUUCCUACCGUCGGCGAUGCCUUCCUCGUCGUACCAACCUUCGUCGAGCACACCGAACUCCGUUGCCGCCAGUACGCCAUCGUCCACAAAAUCGGCCUCAAAAUUGACGGAGUUUAUACAGAAAAUUAAAGACAAAAUGGCAAUCAGUAACCACAGCAAGGAGGCUGGUGGUGCCGGUGGCAGCCAAGAGCACGACGCGAUCGCGGCCCUGGAUUCUGUGCUGGAUAGUGAUGAACAGUCGAGGGAUGGGAAACGUUCCAAGCGCCGUAACAAAAACGAUCCACAUAAUCAAUCGGACGUUCCGCGCGGUACGUGGCCAAGGGUGAACAUGACGAUCCACAUCAACGAGACACACCCGGGCACGAUAGUGCAAAAGAAAAAGAUAAGACCCCAGCUGACUAUUCCGCGAGGAGGUGAUCUGGACAAUAACAACUACUUCGCAGCCGUCAUGAAUGAAGCCAACACGAUACCUACCAGCUUUCAGCCGGAUAAGAUCACUGGAGGGUCAAUGUCUCCACAGGGAUUGCCGGGUAAUGGAGGAUCGAGUGGCGUUGGCGGUGGUGGUGGAGGAGUUGUAGGUUCCGGUGGUGGGAUGACUCCAUCUGGUGGUGGUUCCAGCAGCGGACAGGGAACGCUUCCAAGCUCGAGCAAACGCAAUUCAAAUCCAGUAAUGCCCAUGGAUAUACAACGGCUACUUGCGCUGAAGUAUGGAGAUGCGUCAGCAGCGGGAAUUGUCGGUGGAAACGUAGGAAAUCCGGCCGCAACUGGUACGAUGGGUAAAUCUCACACCGGUGGUGCACCAUUUCCGCGAUCUUCAACGUACGACGAUCGGCACCACGAUGGUGGUGGAUUAAAUCUAAACAAACAUCGCUUCAGCUUGAACCUUUCGGCGAUGAGCAAACAACCGUUGCAGCAACAGCAGCAGUUAAUGUUACCGCCACACCAGCAACAAAACUCGCUCGAUUUCAUUCCAAUCCCAACUUCCUCCUCUUCGCAAAAGAGUAACCAUUCGAUUGAUUCUGCCAGUGCAUCGCAUUCGCUGUCGAAAAGUCCGCCAGUUUAUUAUCCGGGUGCGGUCGGAACGCUCGGCAUACCUACGUCGAAAACGACCGAAUUUUUCAUGACCUCAAAGAUUACGAAAUCGUUGUCGAAAUACUCGAGCGAUAAUGAAAGUAUCGACACGGAAACUCUUUCCCUCGGGGGGAUGCACGGUGGUGGACCGACGAUGGGCGGAAUGUCAGCGAACAUGGGUCCAACAAGUAGCGGAGGUAUGCAAGGAAUCGUUGGCGGCGGCGGCGGUGGUGGUGGUCCCGGUAACACUAAUACACUGCCACUGUCUCACAUGCGCAAGCAGUUAAUGGGAACUAGUGGUACUGGAGGUGGCUCGUCUUCAAGUCGCAGUGGCCACACCUUACAUCCAGCGGCAACAGCCGGUUACGGUGCAACCAUAUUUCCCGGUUCGUAUCCACAUCCCUUUAUGCGCAACCAUCAUCAGCCGGGAGGGAAUAGUGGCGGUGGUAGCAGCGGAGGAGGUGGUGGUGCUAACGAUCCCAUGAUGGCGUUUCAAUCGAGCAGUGGAGGAAGUGGGGCAACGGGACCGGCCACAAUCGGACAUCACUCGCACGGCGCUUCCAUGGACUAUUCCUACCGAUACAGUCAGAUCCAAUCGUCCAAGGAGGACGUUCCCAUAUCCGGGUACACCGGUGGCUAUGAAGGGGGAACGUUCCCGCGCAACAAAAGUCACCUAACGAGCAAUAGCAACCAUCAUCACCAUCACCACCAUCAUCACCAUCAGGGAGGCUUUCGCAUACCUUCUAACCAGAGUGUAACGAGUCGUGGGAGCGGCAUCAAGAUAAGCAAUGGUUCUAUUGAUUGUAGCAGCUCGGAACGAGCGUCUCCGAUUCCAACGUUCGAAGUACAAGUCUUAAAGCCGGGUCACGUCCCUUCGGGAGGUGGCGGUUCCGGUUCGAACAAGAGGAGCUCUCUCCAAGAUUACGGACAAUCCAAACCAAACGUGGGCGAACUUCGUUUGGUGCAGAUCGAUAAAAGCGAAAUGUCGCUAGGGAUAAAAAUUUUCUGCCGACGUAACGGAGGUGGAGUGUUCGUGUCGAAUGUCGGAGAAAAUAGUCUGGCGAGCAAGGUUGGUUUGCAUAUCGGCGAUCAGCUGUUGGAAGUGUGUGGCAUUAACCUGCGCAAAGCAACGUACGAAUUGGCGGCACACGUGCUCCGCCAGUGUGGUAACUCUAUUACCAUGCUUGUUCUCUACAAUCCGGUCGUGUACAGCAACCUGACCACAAGCGAAGACAAUCUUGCACGAUCGGGCUCACCGACACCGCAGAACUCCCCGCGCUCCAUGGGACGUUCGUUAAUUUCGGCGGUAAAUACGGCUGCCGUCAAUUCUAUGACCGGUACGAUGACCACAGCGAAAACGUCAUCACUCGUUAAGGCACAGGAAUUUAGCGACAGUCUUGAACAUCAAACGCAACUGCACGAUGACGAGGAAGAUGGUACCGUAGCCGUCGGUAGUUCCGGUGUGCCUGGCCAGGGCAAUCUGUACAAGGAACAGCCGCGAGAAAUUUACAUCGAAACGCGCAAAACCUCCAACCUCGGAAUUACGUUGGUUGGGGGUAAUGCGUACGGUAUCUUUGUUCACGGCGUCCAGAAGGACUCGAUCGCUGACCAGGCAGGAUUGCUGGUGGGCGAUCAGAUACUGGAGUUUAACGGUACGGAUAUGCGUCGUUCCACUGCUGAGCAUGCGGCACUUGAGAUUGCGAAACCAGCCGAUCAUGUGAAGGUGCUCGUAUUGUACAACAUUCAAAAGUUCAAUCAAAUCAAAGAUAAACCGGGGGAUGCACUGUACAUCCGGGUCGGAUUUGAUCGUAACUGCGAUCAAGGAGAUUCGGAGCUAUCGUUUACGAAAGACGAGGUGCUGUUCGUCGACAAUACCAUGUUCGGUGGCAUACCGGGUAAAUGGCGCGCCUGGAAGCUUGACGAAUACGGCCACAAGAGGCAAUGCGGUAUCAUUCCCAACAAGCUGAAAGUCGAGGAAGAGUUACGUCUGCUUGGUGACCCGGGCGAUGUGGAUACGACGGCUCGACGAGGUUCAACUUCAGCUCGAAGAUCGUUCUUCAAGCGCAUCAAACCACAGCGAAGCUCGUCUAGGGAUUCAAAAGAAUUGGCCAGCUUCAGCAAUACACACCUGAGCUUGUAUCUUGAUUCGGGGUCAUUGAGUGACGAUGGAUUGAGCAGCUACCAGCGUGUUGAAAGAUUGGAAUACACUUACCGACCCGUGAUAAUACUGGGGCCACUGUCCGAGUUCGUCAUCGAUAAGUUAUGCGUGGAUUUCCCAGAAGACUUUGCCGUCUUGCAGGAAAGCCAGAAGAAAUGUACCAAGGACGAAAUGGAGCUAGCGAUACAAAACAAUACAAUCGCGGACUAUAAACUGCGCAGCAAUGGCAUAUUUGAGUAUACGAGCAUGCAAGCCGUCCGCGACAAUAAGCAAUGUCACUGCAUACUGAACGUAAGCAUGGCGGCAGUAGAACGAUUACAGCGCGCACAAAUAUAUCCGGUCGUGUUGCUGUUGCGCUUCAAAUCGGCUAAACAAAUCAAGGAAAUCAAAGACUCGCGCUAUUCCACCGACAAAAUCUCGGCCAAAGCGGCUAAGGAAAUGUACGAACAUACGCUCAAGAUGGAAUCGGAAUAUCGACAGUUUAUAUCUGUUGUUAUUUCGGGAGUGAACAUUACACACAUGUGUACACAGAUAAAGGCAGCCGUGGAUAGCGAGCAGAAGAAAAUUCUUUGGGUGUCGAUACCGUCACCGUUGUGACCAUCCGUGAGCUACCUUCGUCCCGACGAAGAUGAACGAUUGGCCUAAUCCGAUACGCAACGAUUCGAGUGUAUCAACGAUCAAUAAGGUAUUGUAUAGAGAAAAAAAAACACCACUAAACACACUGUUUAGACUUUACGACCUGAAGAAAAAAUCAAACUACUGCUACUAUUACUGGAAACAAAUAAGUUCGUGUAAAGUACUGUGCAAUAUAUUUACAUUAUGAAUGAAACGUCUUGGACAGGCAUUAGUACAGCAAGAGUAGUAACCGGUAUGCGCAAAACCCUUGGGAAGAGAUCCCGGUCCCGGAGUUAUUUAUAUAGAAGAAACCCUUCAUCAUCACAGUUUUAGACAUUUGUAGCACGACGUUGUUACGCGAAUGGGCAAUAACAGUUUGUUCAGGCAAAGUUUUUGCUUAUAACAUUUAAUGAUACUUAAGCGACACGGUGUGAUAACGGCCCUCAAUACAUUUUGGCAUGUUUAAUCCAGUAUAGAAAAAAAUCUUGAGCAGAAUCUCACCUUUUCCAAAGUUAAUUAACAUCAGCUACGUACAAAAACGUCUGAGCGUAUCCGAGCAAACGAAUAAAUGCAUUUAUACUGGCAGCGCAUUAGUUUACUACACCACAAUGGAUGAAUAAUCUCGUUCAUCUGCAGAAUUCCCUUCCGGAAUGUAGAACAAAUCAGGAAACAUAUUUUUCACAUUGGACCACCCACCGUCGUCGUUAUUAUGAUUGUCCUUCGGUAUUUUGUUUACAUUUAUAUAGUCCGUAAUUCUCUGUUGACGUUUUCAUUGCGCAAUGAGUGUUAAAGAUAGGAAAGCAUAAAUAAGUCUUCCAACAAACUGUCUAUUAUUACUAUAGAACAUUUCAAAUGCAUUAGAUUUGAUAUACGUUCCCGCAAUGUGUGAACGCAUUUAUGGAACCGUAAUUGAUUAAACCGUAAUGAAAAACGAAUGCACAAUUUAAAGGCUAAACAGUUACAUUUUCAAUAUACAAAAGAUGAUCUUGUUAUGAUUGUACAGUCAUUUAAUUAUUAUAAUCGCAAGAAGGAAACAUUUCGAACACUAGGUGGAAUACACUUGAAUGAAACUACUCUUUCGUUUGCUCAUUUGCAUUUGGUACGUCUUCCAUUUAUAGAAAAAAAAUUGUUGAAUAAACGUUGUGUUAUAGGAAAAAAUAAGUUGAAAACGAUGAUUUGACGUUUGUCCACUCUGAAACUAUGAAUAUUUGCAUGAAAAGUUAGCAUACUCAGCAUUAUAUCGAGGUUGCAUUCUACACACAAGCAAUUAUUAAUAUAAUUUCAUAUUUCCCGUGUAGUUUUACUCCAGGCUGUCUGUGUUUGUCCGCAUAGCAGGACUAUUUAACUCUACGUAUAUCCAAGAAUAGCCAACACAGGACCAACGACCCGGUUAUUUAGCCAAAUGCGAAGAAAUCGCAAUGUACACAGAUUAUGAUAUGUUACUACCUCAACCAUUCGAUCAAAACACAAACAAGUAUAAUUACAACUCUGGUACGUUUAUAGAUGCAAUCGAAAGUACUCAUUCGUUUGAGUAAUUUGUUGUCCCUGUAUCAUGUUCGCCAUAGAUAAUACUUUAUUUGUUCUGGUGCACCGGUUGUUUCUUCAUCUACAAAGCGUGCAUUUUAAAAAGGAAUUCAAUCUAAUUAAUGCCCAAUAGAUUUCGAGAUCCAUUUUGUUUUGUUCACAGAUAGGAUCACAUGUACAUUGCGUCCAUUACUUUCACUUCCUUUCUAUUUUCCCAAAAGUAAUUUAUCACCAAUUGAUUUGAGCAUAAAGUUUUACCUGCAAAGUCAAAGGACUAUAACCCACUAGCCCAAACUAAUCGCUUUGACAUCAUUUUAUUGUUGAUAGAAUGCAAAAGAGCUAAACCGUCGCCUUGAUUAAAUAGUGAGUUCUAUUGGAGUUUGUCUUGCAAGUUUAAUUCUAUAUGAACAGAUAUUGGUGUGCUCGUAAUAAUGAUAGUAUUUCGAUUGUUUUGUUGUUAUUCAUGCUAGUUUGAUUCAAUCAUCACCCUAAACACUGAUAAUCAAAAGGAUAUAGACAUAUAUAUUGAGUUUACUCGUUUUGAGUGCAGCUACUGCAAGAAAGUGGUAAAUAUAAUAAGUAUGUAACGAACAAACAUAAUAAACAACAACAAAAGGGAAACAAGCAAUACGGAGCAAAUAACACCAGGAGAUCGAGUUUUACUCCCCCGAAUGUUAGAGAAAUGAAUUGUUUGUCUGUUGUGUUAUUUUCCCAUCGGAAGGUGGGAGGAGGAUCGUAUUUCAAUCCAAACCGCGAAACAGAAUCAAUCAAUGACCUAGUAUCUUUUUUAAAUUUUAGUAUUGUAUACAAAUUCUGAUAUACAACGUUCUUUAUAUAUAUAUCAAUGAUAUGAUUAAAACGAUUAAUAAAAAUAUUA